AUGUGCCAAAUGAGCGCAGCAGAAACAGGGAGUCCAUUUCCUGGGUCCACCUACGUCUCAGGGAAGCAAAGGUCGCUUUUGACCGGUGAUGCGAUCCUGUACGCGAUCGGAGAGGAGAACGUUGAAGCGGUCGAGAUCAUUGUUGAGCACUUGGAGAAAAUCGACAAAUUCAAUCCCGAAAACCAGGGUGUCGAAAUCAACGAGCACUCAGCUUUUACGCCUGACAUGACCCCGAUUAUACUCGCAGCACAUAAGGAUAAUUACGAGUGCAUAAAGCUUUUUCUGGACAAGAAGAGCACAGUGCCACACCCACAUGACAUCCACUGCUCUUGUCAGGACUGUGUAACGGCCCGUGAGGAGGAUUCGUUACGAUUGUCUCGAUCGAGAAUCAACGCGUACCGUGCUUUGACGUCCCCUUCGCUGAUUUGCCUUUCGGCCAAGGAUCCUAUUCUUUAUGCUUUCGAAUUAUCAUGGGAACUUAGACGGCUGUCCUACAUCGAAAACGAGUUCCGAUCCGAAUAUCAGGAAUUGUCGCAGAAAUGUCAGAAGUUCUCAGUCAACAUGCUGGAUCAAAUACGAGGUUCAAAAGAAUUGGAGAUAGUUCUCAAUCACACCACAAACGCUUGGCAGGAGGUUCAUCUUCUAAUGACAUUCUUUGAUUCCCUUGUUCUUUUACUCAUGGCUAGUCAACGAAUUGACAAAAUCGACAACAUGUUCCGUGAGGAGAAUGCGCCCGAUAGGAAGGAGGGUAGAGGACCACCACCGACUCCAGUCGAAGUAGCGAUCAUCAUUUGGGUGCUGGGAUUGAUUUGGGUGGAAAUUAAGCAGUUAUGGAAUAGUGGGCUGUAUGACUAUUGCAAUAAUCUAUGGAAUAUUCUCGACUUCAUCACCAAUUCACUUUAUCUCUCAACAGUCGCUCUACGUGCAGUUGCUUAUUAUCAAGUCAACCAAGAGAUGAACAAUCCACAAAUGCAACACAUUGGACGAUUCCUUCAACGAAGAGAGUGGGACGCCUGGGAUCCAACACUGGUCAGCGAGUGCGUGUUCGCCACUGCGAAUAUUUUCUCUUCUCUGAAGCUCGUCCACAUUUUCACUGUAAAUCCAUAUUUAGGACCACUGAAGAUAUCAUUAGGUCGAAUGGUGAUCGACAUUCUGAAAUUCUUCCUAGUAUAUGCACUGGUGCUUUUUGCGUUCGCAUGUGGACUUAAUCAACUCCUUUGGUAUUACGGCUCCAUGAGGAAGCAGGAAUGCCGUCAAUACAAGGAUUUCCUAGCGAAUCCGACAUCGAUGAUGAACGCCGCUAAAGUGGAAUCACUCAGAGACAGUUGCGACCCAAAAUACAGAAGCGUAUCGAGCAUUUACUACACAUCGGAGACGUUGUUCUGGGCGAUGUUUGGUUUAAUUGAUCUUUCUCAUUUCUCACUUAAGGAGGCUCAUUACCUUACUGAAUGGACGGGCAAGACUAUUUUUGGCAGUUAUUCAUGCUGUUCUAUUAUUGUGCUGCUUAAUAUGCUGAUUGCUAUGAUGAGCAACUCCUACCAAUAUAUCUCUAAUCAAUCCGAUAUCGAAUGGAAAUUCGCUCGUAGUAAGCUCUUCAUUGAGUAUUUCGACGACACCGCCACGCUCCCGCCUCCAUUCAACAUUAUCCCAAGUCCGAAGAGCUUCUACUACGGAUUGAAAUGGAUAUGUGAAAGGUACUGCAACUGCUCAAAAGCGAAGCAAGUCGGAAAGCAGCGCAGUAUGAGGUUCGUCACAAGGAAUCUCGUCCAGCGUUACAUUGCGCAGAUGCAACGAGUCAAACAACGAAACGAAGGUGUCACCGAAGACGAUGUCAACGAAAUCAAACAGGAUAUCAGUGCCUUUCGCUAUGAACUGCUGGGGAUAUUGCGCUCAGCAGGCUUUAACACUGGUCAUACCGACAUCAACCAGAAGACGCACUGUUAG